GAAAGACUCUAACACCAAUUGAUAUGCUCCCAACCCGGGAAAAUUUCUGCAGCCCCAAAGAUCUCACUGCGCGGAGAUUAUAGACUGUCGAAUAAGGUGCCUAGGAUGAUGAUGAUGUUAUAGUCAUGAGUAGAAUUGUGAAACAUCCUGUUAUUGCUCUUUUGGAUUCUGGCACUACGUUUAAGGAGGUCCGACAAAUCCAUGCCAAGCUCUUGGUUGAUGGGACACUCAACGAUGACCAUCUGGUGGGUCAGUUUGUAAAGGCAGUGGCUUUGAGUGACCAGAAGUACUUAGAUUAUGCGAAUCAGAUUCUUGACAGGUCUGAUAACCCUACAUUGUUUGCUCUCAAUUCCAUGAUUAGAGCACAUUGUAAAAGCCCUGUUCCAGAGAAAAGCUUUGAUUAUUAUAGGAGGAUACUUCAUUCGGGAAACGGUAGUAAACCGGAUAAUUACACUGUCAACUUCUUGGUUCAGGCGUGCACAGGGUUAGGGAUGCGUGAGACAGGGCUUCAAGUUCAUGGUAUGACUAUCAGACGUGGUUUUGACAAUGAUCCGCAUGUCCAGACAGGGUUGAUUUCUUUGUAUGCUGAGCUUGGCUGUCUGGAUUCUUGUCAUAAGGUUUUUAAUUCGGUUUCUUGCCCGGAUUUUGUGUGUCGGACAGCUAUGGUCACAGCUUGUGCGAGAUGUGGGGAUGUCGUUUUUGCGCGGAAGUUGUUUGAGGGGAUGCCAGAAAGAGACCCUGUUGCCUGGAAUGCGAUGAUCUCUGGCUAUGCUCAGAUAGGAGAAUCAAGGGAAGCUCUUAACCUGUUUCAUUUGAUGCAGAUGGAAGGUGUGAAAGUCAAUGCGGUUUCUAUGAUUUCAGUUUUAUCGGCUUGUACUCAAUUGGGAGCUUUAGACCAAGGGAGAUGGGCUCAUUCUUACAUAGAGAGAAACAAAAUCAAAAUUACUGUGAGGCUUGGUACUACGUUGGUCGACUUGUAUGCAAAAUGCGGUGACAUGGACAAGGCUAUGGAAGUUUUUUGUGGUAUGGAAGAGAAGAAUGUGUAUACAUGGAGUAGCGCCCUGAAUGGGUUAGCCAUGAAUGGGUUGGCAAAGAAAUGUCUCGAGCUUUUCUGUCUUAUGAAACAAGAUGGUGUUACUCCAAACGCCGUCACAUUCGUGUCUGUUCUCAGAGGUUGCAGUGUGGUUGGUUUUGUAGAUGAAGGACAAAGACAUUUUGAUUCGAUGAAGAAUGAGUUCGGGAUAGAGCCUCAGCUUGAUCACUAUGGCUGCUUAGUUGAUUUGUAUGCUCGUGCAGGCCGCCUAGAAGAUGCAGUGGGUAUCAUCCAGAAAAUGCCCAUGAAACCACAUGCUGCUGUUUGGAGUUCUCUGCUCCACGCAUCUAGAAUGUACAAGAACCUUGAACUUGGCGUUCUUGCAUCUAAAAAAAUGCUUGAGCUAGAGACUGCAAAUCACGGAGCUUAUGUCCUCUUAUCAAACAUAUAUGCAGAUUCAGACGAUUGGGAAAAUGUUAGUCACGUUAGACAGUCGAUGAAAUCUAAGGGAGUCAGAAAACAACCAGGGUGCAGCGUAAUGGAGGUCAAUGGAGAGGUCCAUGAAUUCUUCGUGGGAGACAAAUCUCACCCGAGAUAUUCCGAAAUCGAGGCGGCAUGGAAGGAAAUCUCAAGAAGGCUGAGACUUGAAGGGUAUAUGGCAGACACUACCCCGGUCAUGUUCGACAUAGACGAAGAAGAGAAAGAGGAUGCAUUGUGUUUGCAUAGUGAAAAGGCUGCCAUUGCGUUUGGUAUAAUGAGUUUGAAAGAAGAUGUUCCGAUUAGGAUAGUGAAGAACCUUCGGGUUUGUGGUGAUUGUCAUCAAGUUUCUAUGUUGAUCUCCAAGAUUUUUGACAGAGAGAUCAUUGUUAGAGACAGAAACAGGUUUCACCAUUUCAAAGAUGGUCACUGUUCUUGUAAUGGCUUUUGGUGAACUUAAGCCUAGCUUGUAAUACUGCACUAAGCAACAAUUUUAAUAAAUAUUGUUAUUUAAACAAUAUAAAGAUCUUGU